UCGGAGGAUUAAACAAACCAUUUUCAUUUCCGACUGUGGAUUGUGGAAUCACUCUCUCUUCUUCUUUCUCCCUGCACAGCACCACCAUCCCCUUUUUAUACGCAUACGCAUAGAUAGAGAUAGGGUUUUUACCUGAAUUAAAAUUUAGCCCUCUCUCCUCUUUGCUGCUGCUAAUUGCAAUCGGGGAUCGAAUACGCAGCAGAUAUGGAGAGGUCGAAGAAACGCAAUUAAACCAACUGAUUUGCACUUGUGAAGCAUAAGAAGAAAGCUGGGGUUGGUGUGUUUUCAUAGUUUCUUGCGGAGGGAUGGAUGAUGUGUGAAUACAAUAAGAAUAACAUGAUGCCAUUUUAAUCAAGAGGAACCCCAGGAAAUUGAGAGAGAAAUGGAAAAUGGGGAUGCCAAUUUGGAAAGCAAGUUUGCGGGAUUAUCGGUCAGUGAUCCCUACAAUGUCAACGGCAGUGAUGGAUUGUUUCAGGUUAUGAAAGCAGUCGAGGCUGCAGAACUCACUAUCAAGCAGCAGGUGGAAGAGAAUAAUCGCUUGAGAUCUGAACUACAGAAAAAAAAUGAGGAACUUGAAAAAAUUAAAUCAGAUGAUGUGAAGUAUCACGAUCCACAGUCGGCUGACCGAUGGGGUAACCAUGUUAGUGAACCAUGUAGAUCCGAUCAAUUAGUUCUACAUUUAGGAAGUCAAAUAGAUGGCGGCGAAAAUGCAGAUGUCAAUUCUGGACAUGUUUUGCCAAAUUCCAUUGCUCUUCAAACAGAUAUGAUCCGUAGUAAUAAAAAUCAUGUAAUGCAAACUCAAUUUCAAAACCAGUUUAAUAGAAGUGAAGUAAAUGGAUCACCAAACGUGAUUCAUGGGGGUCAGAUAGCUUCAGAUGAUUCUGGCGUCUCUCAGCUUGUGUCACCGUCUAUUACACUAUUUACUCCUACCAGGUAUCAAGACGGCAAUUCGGAUUUAGAAUUCAGAUAUGCUGAAAGGGAUUUGAUUUCAACGGCUGAUGUUAAUAGUAGUAGUAGUUCAAAGCAGGAUGUUGUCGUUAAAAUUCGGGAACAUGAAGAGGAAAUUUUGCAAUUGAGAAGACAUCUUACAGAAUUCUCAAUAAAGGAAGCACAUAUCCGCAAUGAGAAAUAUGCCCUGGAGAAGCGUAUAUCAUAUAUGCGCCUGGCCUUUGAUCAGCAACAGCAGGAUCUCAUUCUUGCUGCAUCUAAAGCAGUUUCCUACAGACAAGAUAUAAUGGAGGAGAAUGUUCGUCUUACAUAUGCAUUACAGGCUGCACAACAAGAAAGAUCAACAUUCGUAACUUCUUUAAUGCCUCUUCUUGCAGAGUAUUCUCUUCAGCCAACUGUUACCGAUGCCCAGUCCAUUGUCAGUAAUGUCAAGGUUUUGUUUAGACAUUUGCAGGAACAACUUCUUGUAACUGAGGGAAAGCUCAAGGAGUCAAAGUAUCAACUAGCACCCUGGCGUUCUGAUGUGAAUACCUCAAACUUCACUCAGUCACCACUCUAUCCUAUUGAGAUAAAAGAGGGACUGGAACUGGUUUCACAACCAUCAUAUUCUGAUGGGAAGAUGCCGUCUUCUAAUCUUCAGACAGCAAUGGUUGGAGAUAUUCUGGGUAUUCCCCAGAGUGGGCGUGACAAUUUCAAGAAUUUGGAGCACGAUGAGUUGGGGAUGCUUCCACCUCUUGCAAGCAGGAAUACGGCAAUGCAUGAAGCACCUUCAGAGCAUGCAUUCAACCAGGCAGAUGCACAUCAUGUUCGAAGUAAUGAAAGCACAAUUAGUAAAAAGGUCACAUUUGGUGACCUUGUUAGAAGUAGUGAGAUGGACGAACCUGACAACAGAGGGCACCAGAGUGAUAGAGAGCCUUCAGUUAAUUGGAAUUCUAAAGCUUCAGCCAUGACGUCUCUGGAUGAUCCCAACUCCUCGUAUUCUCCUUAUCUGCCACCAGUUCUCGAAGAACCCUCAUCCUCUUUCUCUGAGGCUGCAGAUGAUGAUCCACUACCAGCAAUAGAGGGUCUUCAAAUUUCAGGUGAAGCAUUUCCUGGACAGCAACUCCAAGCAUGCGGAUACUCUAUAAAUGGCACGACCAGUUGUAAUUUUGAGUGGGUACGGCAUUUGGAAGAUGGAUCUUUCAAUUAUGUUGAUGGAGCGAAGCAACCAAAUUAUCUUAUUACUGCAGAUGAUGUAGAUACAUAUUUGGCCAUUGAAGUACAGCCCCUGGACGAUAGGAAGCGAAAGGGUGAACUUGUGAAGGUCUUCGCCAACGAGCAUAGGAAAAUUAUUUGUGAUCCUGUAAUGCACAAAUGCAUAGAGAAAACCGUUUACACUGGUCAUGCUUCGUACAAGCUAUCCCUCUCGAUUGGAUAUCUUGAUAUAUGGGAGCAAGCAACAUUGGCUAUUAAAAGGGAUGGUUACAGCAUAAAGUGUAGCGGGCCUAAAGGUGUUAUAGUUGCUGAGAAGUUUUCAUCAUCCACAAUUGUCUCUAUUCCAUUUGGAAGCCCAACAGAAUUCUCUGUAGUUGAUUCUCUUGGGACUGAACGUAUUCUAAGGGUGGAUGAUAACGUGCCAGAUAUAAGUGGUUCCAGAGAUACAAUUGUUCUCACCUUGAGGUUUUUCAUCAAAAAGGCUGGUGAAAAGAAGAGGAAGAAAAGAAGCCUAUUCUUUUAACAUGUAAACAGCCCUUGUUAUCUACAAUAUUUUACAUCGAUAUAGAUUGUGUAAGGAUAUAUUUGUCUGAAUGCAUGUUCACUUAUUUUACUCUAGCAGAGUAUGUCUUAGUACGUCGAAAUUUUCCUUGUAUAGAGAAUUCAUCUUUCUGGAACUCUAGUAAUUUGUUUUCCAUUGAAAAUGGAGACACAUAUAAUUCAAAUUUGGUUUCACUAA